AUGCAGGGUAUUGGUAUUAAGACACAAGACCAUGGAAUUUUACCUGCGAGCAAAGACAUUGGAAAAAGUCGUCGAAAAUCUCGAUGGAAGCUUAAAUUUCAUCAUCAAGCAUUACCUCCAGAGUAUUUGAAUCAUUAUGAAGCGUCCAUGAUGUCUACUCAACCAUCUCCCUCGAUUUCAUCGUCUCCUUCCCCUGUCCUAUUCACGGGAAAUGUCAAAUCGAAACUACCACUGGAAGCUCAAACUAGUGUCCGUUUUGAUGAUCUACCAUACAUGGGAGAGAUGACGUUAGACAAUGCAAAACCACGGAGGGGACGCAAACCAAAAAAGGCUGAUAUAUGUCACUUGAUAUAUAAAAACUACGGUACAACUGUCGUAGAAGAACCUUUGAACCUAUGCGUCAGGGACCAGAUAUCAUCGAUUAAUGAUUUUCAACUACCUGGUUCGGCCAGUCUCCAAGAAACAUUGAAUCUUCAAUCAAAAGACUCCAAACGUAAGAGCAAAAAGUCACUGGCCAGAGAGCGUUUGGAAAAAACAUUCAAAGAAAAGGGUUUCUUGAUACAGACGCAACAACUGGAAUCCGCUCAAGGAGCCACUUACUGCAAAUUUAGACAGUUAAGGAAGUUUACACGGUAUCUGUUCAGAAGCUGGAAACAUCAUUUACCUGGUGAUGUCGUAGACAACGGUGUCAAUAGUCAAAUCACCUGA